AUGAUUCCCCUCCCUAAAUAUGAAAACAAACCAUUCAAACCUCCAAGAAGAAUUAAUACAAAUUAUGUUACAAAGAAGGACCUGCCUACGAAGAAGAUUCAAAGUAAGAUUUCUACUCAGUCUCUAACAAAUGUGGUCAGCAAUUUGAAUAAUUCUUUAAAUAAUGUUCAAUGUUUUACUAUGAUGCAUAGGAAAUUUUCUAACAAGAAGAUAAAGACAUGGACUGGUGAUGGGUAUGCCAUCUAUAAGAAGCUUUCAGAGAAUAAAUUGGUUUUUUAUGAUGAGUCUGGUCAAUAUAUGACAAGUUUGAUUGUCACAAGAGACGAUGAAUCAAGAAUACUGGAUACCGUUUUUAAAAGUAAAGGUUGGGAGUUUCAAAUAGAUUAUAGACUAGUUAAAAAUGACGAAUUAAUGAAUUUACAGGAAUUGUUAAGAGGUAAUAAUAAGCAAGAAAAUUCAGUUAUCAACGAAACUAAACCAUCUAUGCAUGCAUCAUCAUCAGGGAUUUCUAAAUCAAAUGUUUCUGUUUCGCAAUUGUUUAACCAAAGCACAGUGAAAAGUUUUAAAUCAGUCAUUAAAAAAUCAGAAGUUUACACACCAUUAUCUUUACAAACCAAUCAAAAAGUUGCAUUUACUAAUAACAAUCUGAAUACAAAACAUUAUAAACCAGUAUUUGAUAUUACAAAAAUAUUAAACCCUAUUAUUAUGAAUAAGUGUAAAGAGGCAGAUGUAGACGUCAUUGUGGAUCCCUUUUUAGGAAAGCUUUUAAGAAAACAUCAACAGGAAGGUGUCAAAUUUAUAUAUGACUGUCUACUGGGAUUGCAACAGUCAAAUACAACAGAUAUUCCCAUAGACAAAAGUCUUCUUUUGGAAUAUGAUUCUGAUAUUUCCGGUUGUCUUCUUGCGGAUGAUAUGGGACUUGGUAAAACAUUGAUGACUAUCACUAUAAUUUGGACUCUGUUGAAACAAACCCCCUUUGCUUCUAAGGUUGAAUGCUCGCAAUCUGGUGUCCCACUAAAUGGUCUUUGUAAGAAAGUGCUGAUAGUUUGUCCGGUCACAUUAAUAGGCAAUUGGGUUAAAGAAUUUCAUAAAUGGUUGGGAAUGAAUAAAGUUGGUGUAUUGACCCUUUCAUCACAUAAUACAGUUGAUAUGGAUAAAACUGCCGUCAAAAAUUUUUUAAGAGUUCAGAAAUCAUAUCAGGUUUUAAUUGUUGGGUAUGAAAAGCUUUUGAACUUAUCAAAUGAAUUGCAAUGCAAAAAGGGAUCUCCAAUGAAUGUUGAUUUGUUAGUCUGUGAUGAAGGUCACAGACUGAAAAAUAGCACAUCAAAAAUAUUGAAUGUGUUGAAAGAGUUGGACAUUAAAAGAAAAAUUCUAUUAUCAGGGACACCAAUUCAGAAUGAUUUAACAGAAUUUUAUACAAUUGCCGAUUUUAUUAACCCAGGAAUUUUUGGGUCAUUUCAAUUCUUUAAAAAAAGGUUUAUUAUACCCAUUUCAAAAGCAAGAGAGACGUCCAAUAGUUUCAAUGAAGAUAUUCAAGAACUUGGUGAAGAACGGUCAAAGGAACUGAUAGAAAUUACAAAAAGAUUUACAUUAAGAAGAACUAAUGAUAUCUUACAUAAAUAUUUACCUCCAAAGACGGAUAUUAUCGUUUUUUGUAAACCGACACAGAUUCAACUUUCUGCAUUUUAUACAAUUUUACAAGAAUCUCAAUUAGAUUUUUCUCAUAUGACAAUGAAUUCUUCAUUAGGACUAAUAACUUUAAUGAAAAAAGUAUGCAAUUCGCCGUCGUUGUUACAAAAUGAUUCUUAUUAUAAUUCAAUGAUUAAUAAUAAUGAAACUAAAGCUAAAUAUGGUCAUAUCAUAGAUUCAGGUAAAUUAAAAGUAUUGAUUUCUCUUCUGGAACAGAUACAGAAAGAGACAUCAAAUGAAAAAGUAGUCAUUGUGUCUAAUUACACUCAAACACUGGAUAUUAUAGAAAAUAUCUUACACUCUAGGCAAAUGUCUUUAUCUAGAUUAGAUGGUAGCACACCACAGAAAUUACGGGACUCCAUAGUAGCAACUUUCAAUAGAAGCAAAUCAAUCUUUGCUUUUUUGUUAAGUUCUAAAUCAGGUGGUGUAGGGUUAAAUUUAAUUGGUGCAUCAAGAUUGAUUUUAUUUGAUAAUGAUUGGAACCCUUCAGUUGAUUUGCAAGCUAUGUCUCGGAUUCAUAGACAAGGACAAGAAAGACCUUGCUAUAUUUAUAGACUAGUUACUACCGGUUGUAUUGAUGAAAAGAUAUUACAAAGGCAAUUAAUGAAACAUAGUUUGAGUCAAAAAUUCUUGGAUAGUGAAAAAAAGAAGAUAAAUUAUAAGGAUAAUCUUUUUAGUCAAGAAGAUUUGAAAGAUUUAUUCACUAUUCUUACAGAUACAAAAUCUAACACGCAUGAUUUAAUAUGUUCAUGUGAAGGAGAGGGUACAGGAUUUCUUAACAGGAAAGAAUCCCUUAAUAUAACAGAUCAUGUUGUUUCUAAAGAAGGUGAUUGUAAACAGGAACAUAAAAUGAAACUGACCCAGUGGACAAGUGGUUUAGAGGUUAAAAAAAUAAUGGAGAAUUUGCAGUCACAAGAGAAAAACAAACAGACAAAGUUUAUUAAAGAGUGUUUGGUAGGUUACAAACAUAUAAACCCAACAAAAACAACAAAACUACGCGACAUCGUUGUUGCAAAAAGUGUUAAAAAAAUGUCUGAUACAAUAAGUUUUCUCUUCAUUAAAGAAGGAAAUCGUCUUGACGAAGAUAUUACUUAA